AUGCGAGGCCACGAUUGGAUCAACAACUCGCUUCCCGACGAGUUAAUCGUAGAAAUCUUCUCCCAUCUCCAAUCCAAGUCCACGCGCGACGCCUGCUCCCUCGUUUGCCGCCGCUGGUUCCGCCUCGAGAGACGAACCCGAACGACCCUCCGCAUCGGCGCCACCCACCUCUUCCUCGACCUCCUCCCCGCCCGCUUCUCCAGUCUCAGAAACCUCUACAUCGACGAACGCCUCUCCAUUCCCCUCCACCUUGGAAGAAGGCGACCCACCGAUGAAGAUGGCGAUCUCGAGUCCGUCUGUUUAUCCGAUACUGGUUUGUCGUCUCUCGGCGAAGGCUUCCCCAAACUUCACAGAUUGGGCUUAAUCUGGUGUUCUAACGUCUCUAGCAAUGGCUUGGCAUCCCUAGCUCGGAAAUGCACUUCUCUCAAAGCCUUGGACUUACAAGGUUGUUAUGUUGGGGAUCAAGGUCUGGCUGCUGUUGGACAGUGUUGCAAACAUCUUGAAGAUUUGAAUCUGCGGUUCUGCGAAGGCUUGACUGAUUCGGGUUUGGUUGAGUUAGCAGUAGGUGUGGGAAAAUCUUUGAAAUCUCUUGGUGUGGCGGCUUGUGCCAAGAUAACUGAUAUCUCAAUGGAGGCUGUAGGAUCAAACUGCAGGUCGCUUGAGACCCUGUCCUUGGAUUCUGAGUUCAUCCACAAUAGAGGGCUGGUUGCUGUGGCUCAGGGAUGCCCAACUUUGAAGGUUCUGAAGCUCCAAUGUAUUAAUGUCACCGACGAUGCUUUGAAAGCUGUAGGCACUAGCUGUCUGUCUCUCGAGUUAUUGGCACUAUAUAGUUUUCAGAGAUUUACUGAUAAGGGGUUGCGUGCUAUUGGGAAUGGAUGUAAGAAGUUAAAGAAUUUGACUUUAAUUGAUUGCUAUUUCUUAAGCGACAAGGGUUUGGAAGCAAUUGCUACUGGUUGCAAGGAACUUACACAUCUUGAAGUCAAUGGAUGUCACAACAUUGGAACUUUGGGGAUAGAAUACAUUGGGAGAUCUUGCCAAAUCAUAGUGUCUGUCAUGUGCAAGAUUGAUGGCAGCAUCAACCUUCUUGCAUAUCAAGAUUCUGGUCUAGUAGCCUUGGACAGUGAGGCUCUCGAUACCACUGAUAUAGGAUUUAGGUAUCUCACCGAGUUAGCAUUGCUUUACUGCCAUAGAAUAGGUGAUGUUAGCCUUCUUGAGGUGGGGCAGGGGUGCAAAUUCUUGCAACUUCUUCAUCUGGUAGAUUGCUCAAGCAUUGGAGAUGAUGCCAUGUGUAGUAUAGCUAGUGGCUGCCGGAAUCUAAAGAAACUUCAUAUUCGUCGAUGUUACAAGAUUGGGAACAAGGGAAUCAUUUCUGUUGGCAAGCAUUGUACAUCUCUAACAGAUCUUAGCAUUCGAUUCUGCGACAGGGUGGGGGAUGGGGCCCUUACUGCAAUAGCUGAGGGUUGUUCCCUUCAUUCUCUGAAUGUUAGCGGUUGUCAUCAAAUUGGAGACGCCGGAAUGAUAGCCAUUGCAAGGGGCUGUCCUCAACUCUAUUAUUUAGAUGUUAGUGUCCUGCAGAAUCUGGGCGAUAUGGCAUUGGCUGAGUUGGGUGAACACUGCUCAUUGCUUAAAGAAAUAGUGGUUUCACACUGCCGUCAAAUAACUGAUGUUGGCCUGACGCAUCUUGUGAAAAGUUGCUCAAUGCUGGAGUCUUGUCAAAUGGUUUAUUGCUCUGGUAUAACUUCAGCUGGAGUGGCCACCGUUGUUUCUAGCUGUCCUAACAUAAAGAAAGUCCUGGUUGAGAAGUGGAAGGUUAGCCAACGGACAAAACGACGAGCAGGGUCUGUAAUUGCCUACUUGUGCGUGGACCUUUAG